CCAAAUCAUGAACACGUGUGGACUGUCAGAAAAGAACGGCAGCUCCAACUCAAAAACACCUCGCAUUUCCUUUUCCUUGCUGUAAGACAUACAUACAUUCUAACUUGAAAGCGCGGGAAAUUCAUCGCGGUUCGCCGGCGGGGAGAAUGGACGAUCAGGAUUUGGAGUUGGAGAAGGCGAGAUUGAUUAGCUUGGCCCUUGAGUUCGGAUUCGACGAGGACUCCGCCAAGGAGGGUUUGGAUCGCCUUGUUCGCCUCUAUGGUGAUGAUGGACGAGAUUUCAUCACUGUGGAGCACUGCGGUGAUGACUUUCUGGCAUCGCUUGCUGAGUUUGCACCGGACACUGAGGAUUGGGAUGAUGUCCAAGCCAUGGAAUCAGAAGCUUGUGGUGCUUUGUCUGAGAUACUGGAUGAGGAUCUAUCUAAGAAUUAUUCUUUCAAGGAUACACAAAGACAUAGCCGUAUUAAUGAAUCUCUUAAACCUCAGAAGCAUCAAAAUAUCAUGCAAUUGGAUUCGUCAACCGACGAUGAAGAGGAGCACACCGUUGAUCCAACUGAUUGUUCACGUUCAUCAGUUACCCAAGAACAGUAUGGAAAUGCUCAGGGAACUCUCACGUACACAGAGCUGCAGAAACUGGACGAUAUUGAAUUGGCAAAUGUCGUUGUAUUUGGUAAUAGAGGUUUUAGGCCAUUGCAGUAUCGGACUUGUAAAGCAUUUCUUGAUAACCAUGACUGUUUUGUUCUAAUGCCCACUGGAGGGGGUAAAAGUCUUUGCUACCAGCUACCAGCCAUUUUACGACAAGGUGUUACGAUUGUCAUAUCUCCACUCCUUUCCCUCAUUCAAGAUCAGAUUGUUACAUUGAAUCUCAAAUUUGGAAUAGCUGCGACUUUCUUAAACUCUCAACAGAAGUCCUCACAAGCUGCAGCCGUUCUUCAAGAACUGAGGAAAGAUAAGCCUUCAUGCAAGCUUCUAUAUGUGACUCCAGAAAGGAUUGCUGGAAACCUUUCAUUUCAAGAGGUCCUAAAAUGUCUGCACAUGAAGGGACAAUUGGCAGGAUUUGUUGUUGAUGAAGCCCACUGUCUGAGCCAGUGGGGGCACGACUUUCGUCCCGAUUAUAGAGUACUAGGAUGUCUUAAGCAGAAUUUCCCACGUGUUCCUCUCAUGGCUUUAACUGCCACUGCAACUGAGACAGUUCGUAAGGAUAUCUUAAAUUCCUUGAGAAUCCCCCGUGCAAUGGUUCUCGAGACAAGUUUCGAUAGGCCCAACCUUAAAUACGAGGUAAUAAGUAAAACUAAAGAACCUCUCCUUCAGCUCGGGAAACUACUGAUGGACCAUUACAAGAAUUUAUGCGGAAUUGUGUACUGCCUCUCAAAAAACGAAUGUGUGGAGGUCUCAAAGUUUCUUAACGAGAAAUUCAAGAUCAAAGCCGUAUAUUACCAUGCUGGUUUGGCUGCUCGUCAGAGGGUAGCUGUUCAGAGGAAAUGGCAUAGUGGGGAAGCCAGCGUGGUUUGUGCCACCAUAGCUUUUGGGAUGGGAAUCGACAAACCGGACGUUCGUUUUGUUAUUCACAACACCAUGUCCAAAUCAAUUGAGAGCUACUAUCAGGAAUCGGGCAGGGCUGGACGUGAUAAUCUGCCCGCCACAUGCAUUCUUCUGUACCAGAAAAAGGAUUUCAGUCGAGUGGUAUGCAUGCUUAGGAGUGGGCAAGCAGGUAAAAGGGAAAGCUUCAAGUUAGCCAUGGACCAAGCUCGGAAAAUGCAAGAGUACUGUGAACUUAAGGACAAAUGCCGUAGGCAAGCUCUACUCGAACACUUUGGAGAAUCCUUUGAUCAAGUUGCCUGCAAAAAUGGUUCCAGUCCUUGUGAUAACUGCCUCAAGUUAUCUUCAUGACAAAUUACUGAUCUCAAUCUAAUUUAUAUGUAAAAGAUUCUGACUGGUCCUUCCUCUUCAGCUUUUCGUAACAUUCAUUUUUCUAUUGAAUUGAUAUGAGAAUAUGUUUCUGCUUUGUUGCUCUAACAUCUAGCAUAAACUGCAACUUGUAACAAAUCUAUGCCUAAUUGUUGAUGCUUUUAUAGUAGACAGACAAACGUUCAGUUCUUCGAGUUUUUAGCCAACUAAAAUUGAAAAAUAUGGUUUUAUGCCGAAACGACCAAUUCAAACUUGAUAUGACAAAUAGUGUAUCUAUAUCAAAAGGUUUGAUUAUUUUUUAAAU